AUGGAUUCUCAGUGGCAGUCAUACAAAGACCCCUUGGUGGGUCGUCCUGCACAGUUCAACAAUAACGGGUUGACGCCGAAUCCCAAUGCCCAACAUCUGCCUUCGAACUACGGCGGCCAGCAACCACCAUCGCAGGCUCCCGCGGGUUACACCUACGAGCCUUUCCAAACCCCUGGAAUUGCGGCCAAACCGCCCCCGGUCGCUUCCUCCAAACCAAUCUCGAUGGCGGCGUCUCCCGCAGCUACACCCCAUACCCGCGACUAUGUCAACGAUGCGGAUAUCGCUAUGGAAGACGCGGAUCCGUAUAACCGGACCAAAUACCCAACGAGACCUGCCCAUCAGAGCCGACCUUCUUCGCAGUAUUUUCCGACCGAAGGGUCUACUGCUGCUCGCAGGUACUCUCCAAUGAACGUCCUGUCACCAGGCUUGCCCUACAAUUCAAGCCCGGGAAAGUCUAGCAAUUCAUACGCCUUUCCGCCCGCGACGCAUCCGUCUGGACAGUCGCCAACAAGGGCCACCAACUAUUCUUCGCCUCCCCAGUCAUAUCAGUCACCUCCUUCAUCUGGAUCGCAUCCUCCGAGAUUACCUCCUCUACAAUCCACCGAUAUGAGCCCCGAUCACUUCUUCGGCCCGUCGUCAGGACCGCAACUCAGUUCGCCAUUUACACAAGAUGCACGGUCACCACGUUCAGGGUCAGGGUCCGGUAUUAUUCAACAGCCAGGCCGUGGCCCGAUGCCGAAAUUCCAAAAGUUCAAAUCGAUACAGGAGCUGCAGCCUCGCAUCCACACACAACCUGCGUAUAGGCGUGCCAACCCUGAGGGUGGUUUCAUCAGCCCUCUCCAAGCGUUGACAAACCACCUUCCGGCUACUUACCGGAUAUGCAACCCGAACUUCCAUUACGAGUCAUCGAGGAACCCACGUCGAGUUCUUACCAAACCCAGCAAAGGCGUCAAGAACGACGGGUAUGAUAACGAGGACAGCGAUUAUAUUCUAUAUGUAAAUGACAUUUUGGGAAGCGAAGAGGCAGGGCAUAAGAAUCGUUAUCUCAUUCUUGAUGUCCUUGGUCAGGGAACCUUUGGACAAGUUGUCAAGUGCCAGAACUUGAAAACACAGGAGGUUGUUGCCGUUAAAGUCAUCAAGAAUAAGACUGCCUACUUCAAUCAAAGUAUGAUGGAGGUUUCCGUCCUGGAUCUGCUCAACAGCAGAUACGACAAGAACGAUGACCACCAUCUUCUCCGACUAAAGGAUACCUUUAUACAUCGCCAGCAUCUUUGUUUGGCAUUCGAGCUGCUCAGUGUCAACCUUUAUGAAUUGAUAAAGCAGAAUCAAUUCCGAGGCUUAAGCACCACGCUUGUGCGCGUCUUUGCACAGCAACUGCUUAAUGCGCUGAGCCUCUUAAACAAGGCGCACCUGAUUCACUGCGAUCUUAAGCCGGAAAAUAUUUUGUUAAAGAACCUCGAAAGCCCCAUCAUCAAAGUUAUCGAUUUCGGAUCCGCCUGUGAUGAACGACAAACUGUUUACACAUACAUUCAGUCCAGAUUUUACCGCUCACCAGAGGUGCUUCUUGGUUUACCGUAUUCUUCUGCAAUUGAUAUGUGGUCUUUGGGUUGUAUCGUCGUCGAGCUAUUUCUUGGUUUGCCCCUGUUCCCCGGAUCGUCAGAAUACAAUCAGGUUUGUCGGAUCGUCGAAAUGCUAGGUUUACCCCCGACCUGGAUGUUAGAAAUGGGCAAACAAUCUGGUGAAUUCUUUGAGAAGACCCAAGACGAGUUUGGACGAAAGACCUACCGUCUGAAGAGUCUGGAGCAAUAUUCACGCGAGCACAACACGAAAGAACAGCCCAGUAAGAAGUACUUCCAGGCGUCGACAUUAGAAGAUAUCAUCCGAAGCUACCCGAUGCCGAGGAAAAAUAUGAAACCAGCAGAGGUUGAGAGAGAGGUCAAUAACCGUGUUGCUUUCAUUGACUUCGUCCGUGGUCUGCUAUCGAUCAACCCCCUCGAGCGCUGGUCGCCCCAACAAGCCAAGCUGCAUCCCUUCAUCACACAACAAAAGUUCACUGGGCCAUUUGUGCCACCGAUGAACCUGAAAUAUGCUUCGCUGAACAAGACUGUUCCUCCAGGUAUCCAGCAGCAACAGCAAGCGGAAGCUGCAAGUAAGCAAAGAGCAGCUCAUGCUCAGUCCGCCGCACAGAGUGCGUAUACAAUGCACAUGAACCAGUACCACCCUCCUGCGCAUCCUCAGGCGCCGCCUAUGUACACGGGGAUGUAUGCGGGCCACCAACAAGCUCCUCCGCCCUACCCAACACAGCCACCAGCAUACGGCCACCAAAUGAACCUUAUGCCUGGUCAAAUGCCACAGUCGCAGUUUGGGCCCUCUCAAAGUCUCUAUGCGCAAGCCACAACCAGAGCUGGCCGUCAGCGGGCGUCGACUAUGGAUCCCCAGGGAAUACCACCUACUAUUCAACGAGUUGCAAGUCACCUCGACCCCAAUGCGCCUAUUCGGCUACAGCCAAGUCCGGCAUACUACCCUCCGCCAGCAGAUGGAUACGUUGACCCUAACGCUCCAAACCAGAGACGACGAGGCAGCCGCGUGGGUGGGACACGGAACCGAGACUUCAUCCGCACUCUUGAGGACGGUGUCAUGGGUGAAAAUUUCAUGGGGCAACAAAACCAAUGGCAUUAA